GCGCAACGCUCCUGCUCAAGUGGCUUUUCCACUUCCAUCGCGCAGUCUUCUGGCCGGACCGGAGCCGCGAUCUCGCCCCGCACCCACGAAAAACCGUAUCUCGGUUCGCUCUGCGAACGCGAACGGUCGGGCCAGCGCAUACGCCACGACAAUCGCAAAUCGCAAAUCGAGAAUCGCACUUCCGGCCGCGUUUACCGCCACGACGACGCGCUCUCUCGCAACACUCGGAUUAGUACUCGGUGGAUUUCGCUGUUUUCAAGUGCCAGUUGAUGUGCGGACGGUGGUUACAUGAGGGAUUAGCGAAGAACUAGCGGAGCCGAGAGAGACAGUGCCAACAUGCGGGAGAAACGAUGGCUGCUGCUCGCUCUGUACGGAAUUCUACUGGUCCACGCGGUCUCCGCUGCGCUGAAGACCAGGCCGAAAUUCAAGAUCGCGACUACCUCCACGACGACGACGAGCACCACGACCGAGGAGCCCCGCGCGGAAGAAGGUGAAAACGCCAGUUCGGAGACGACGACGGUGGCGACGACGACCGAGACCAACGCGACGACCGGCCAUACUUUGACGGGAAUCCCGCAGAUCGAUUACAUAUGGGACCCGAAUCUGCCUCGCGAGCUCAACGGCUACAAUCUCAGCGACUACCCGUUCUACAAUAGCAUUCCCGAAGAUAUCGACUUCAAGUGCGACGGCUUGCACGACGGAUUCUACGCCAGCGUGCCGCACAAAUGCCAGGUCUAUCACCAUUGCCUGUUCGGCACUCGCUACGACUUCCUGUGCGCCAACUUCACGGCGUUCGACCAGAAGACCUUCAUCUGCCACUUCGUCUCGGAGGUCGACUGCGCCAACUCCAAGAAGUACUGGCACAGGAACGACGCCCUUUACCAAGUGACCACCACCACCACGACGAGCACCACCACGACCACCGUGGCGCCGGUCACCGCGCCGACCAGCCGGCCAGCUGUCCGCGAGAGGAUACCACCGCGGAGGCGACCUCCGGCGCGAAGGAGACCCUACGAUUACUACGAGGAGGACUACUACGAUGACGAAUACAGCAGACCGUCGCGAGACUUUGCCGGCAGGGACGAUUACGAGUACGACGACCGGAAGUACAGGAGGGACAGGGAUCGCGAGUUCCGGGAUCGAGACCGUGAUCGUGACUUCCGGGAUAGGGAGCGCGGUAGAGAAGGGUCCGCUAGAGACGAUAGGGAUCGAGACACCGGCAGAGACAGGUACGCCGGUAGGGGCAAUAGAAGAGAGCCGCCCAGGUCGAGGGAGCCGCUGGAGGACGACGUGAGGCCCCGCGGCAGGAACCCCGAUCAGGGUGUUAGAUCUACGUCGCGGGAAGUGGACGACACGGACGUGUACGAGAGGCGUGCGGAAGCGAGGAACAGGGACGCCGACGAGCGGAGAUAUUCCGAUAAGAGAUUCCGGGACGAUUACGACGAGAAAGAGUCCGCGGCGCCGCCGUCGGCGAGCGCGACCGCGAGCACGGAUGGUCUGGUGAAGCCGGCGGCACCCAUCAGCUCGGUGUAUGCGAGGCCAAGGGCGCCGCCGAAGAUCCGACGACCCGUGCCGCUGGCGGAGCAGGACAGAUACGCGUACAAGACCACUUCGGCGCAACCGGCAGAGGAGCCACGUCGGCGACCUGCUGAUCUCGCCGAGGACGAUUACUACGACGACGAGUUGGAGGAUGUCAGGCCGAUCAGGAGACCGAUCCGGAGGAGACCCUCGUACAGGGAAAGGGACAGGGACAGAGACCGCGACAGGGACUUUUACGAAACCCGGGACAGGGAUCGUCCCCUCAGAACCCGUUAUCACUCACCGCCGGAAGAAGUACGACUCAGGACGCAUCAGGAUCGCUCGAGGGAUCGCUACUACGAUCGAGAGAGGGACCGGGGUAGCAGAGACCGCGCUCUCGAUCGCGGUAAAGAUCGUAGCCCCGAGAGAGCCCUGGAUCGCGAUCGAGGAAGAUCGCAGGAUCCCGAGAGACCGUCCGAUCGCGAUCGAGGACGAUCGCAGGAUCCGGAGAGGACGUCCGAUCGCGAUCGAGGACGAUCGCAGGAUCCGGAGAGGACGUCCGAUCGCGAUCGAGGACGAACGCAGGAUCCGGAGAGGACGUCCGAUCGCGAUCGGGGACGAACGCAGGAUCCGGAGAGGACGUCCGAUCGCGAUCGGGGACGAACGCAGGAUCCGGAGAGGACGUCCGAUCGCGAUCGGGGACGAUCGCAGGAUCCCGACAGGCAGGAGCGGCCGUACUCGCCGCGGCUCCUCGACCGCGACAGAGACGCCGAACGAUCGCGAGCGUCCUCGAGAGCGAAGGAUCUCUCGGACACCACCGAGACGUCCAGGAGACCGAGCUCGUACGAUCGAACGACCGAGAAGACAAGCACCACCACAACAAGCGCUACCACGACAACUACUUGCUCACCGGAACAACUCGUCCACAAGUCCGAAGCGGACUCGAGAGACUCGCUGAUCGAUCGCCCGGAAAAGCCUUCUUACCCGGAGCGACCAGCUAGACCUACUCAGACUGCUCAAAGUGGUCGGGUCGAUGCGCAAGACUACCACAGAAACCUGUCUGAGAAGUCCCAGAGAACCUCUCAGCAGACGGAUUACCAAGACAGAGACUUGGCCGGUCGAAAUGAGCAGGCUCACUACCAGAUCCCAACCGAUGAAUACUCCGCCGAGUACUACGACGAGCCGUUGGAGGAACCGCCGUCUCCUCCACCACCUCGAACCACUGUUCGAAUCGUGAAGAGACCCUUCUUACCGUCUCGUGGCGGCAAUCCUAAUCCGAGAGGAUUAUCGCCGGUUGGCUCGAAAGCGCCGCACUCGUCCAGGAGGGACGAGGAGGUGACGACCGAUCAUCGAGUCAUCACUACCCUGCUGGCUGAGAACGACCACAAGGGUUAUUAUGUGCAGGAGGACGGUAUUCAAGAGGACGGUAGAGAUAUCAGUCUGGAAUCCCGUGUGAAAACGGACGGCAACAAGCAGGCGUACGACGCCUACAAAACCAUCCAGAGCGAUCAGCAGAAGCAACAGCAGGAUGAGUACGACACCGCGAUAUCCAGGCCGGCGAUACGAAGACCGAUAAAGAAGAACCGUGAAGAAGAGGAGGUGCAGCUGGAGGAAGAGGAGGAGGAGGAGGAGGAGGAGGAGGAGGUCUCGAAGGGUCCGGAGGACCUCUCCAACUCGUCGCGAGGAUACUCCACGCAGAACCAAUCGUACGAUACACGCCAUCAUCAUCAUCAUCAUCAUCAUCAUCAUCAUCAGACCGAGAACCUGGCGCCGAAGUGGAUCGAGAACUAUUCGAGCGAGAAGCACGCGAACGCCGACAACGUGCAGCAGACCUCUUUGGGUUCACCGACCCGCAGCAAGGCCAGACUUCCUUCCACCGAGACUCCCAACAUCUACAGCUCGACGUACAAGAGCGAAGACAUCCAAGACCUGCCGUCGGGCCCGGGUAGCUACCGGGUGAAGCAGAGGAUCAACGAGGUGACGCAUCGGCUUCAGGAUAUCCCCGAGAGCGAGUACGACGUUACGUUGAACGACGCUCUGACACCCACCCUGAUUCAGGAAGCCAACCUGCCGAGCGGAUUCGUCCUGCCCCUUCAUCGACAGCAACUGAGCCGAGACACCGUCCUGCAGUCUUCCGAGAACAACUACAAGCUCUCCAGACCGAUCAAUCAGCAGCAGCAACAGCAGCAGCAGCAGCAGCAGCAGCAGCAGAAACCGUUCGUCCCGAGCCCACAGUUCCUGCCGACGAGCGUCAACAACGACCGAGGUCGCACGGUGUACUACCGGACGCCGGAGAAUGUACAGAUCAGCGGAGCGCAAUACAGACAGCAGAGAACAUGGCAGGAUUAUUCCGCGUAUUGACGAAGGGAAGAGAGAGAUAUACACUCGGGCGGUAUCACGACAUCACGACGUGCUCUCUAAAUUUUCUCGAGACGAGUGAAUCAGCCAGCUCGCAGCGCGCCAGUGAAGAGAUACCGUCGCAGGGGAAAAUAAUCUCAGCCCGUGCAGCCGAGAACUCGCUGAAGAGGAACGACCACGACCACAUCUCGAUUAUCGCGACCGAAGAGAAUUUCGUCCGCGAGGAGAGCCGCGUUGAAACUCGGUCGGGAUAACUGAGAGAACGAUCGAACUGGGAAGUCUCCCCGCAGGCAUUUCUCUCUUCUUAUCAGCGAGUUUUCGUCUGGGCCUGGCAGGUCGGUCGGGUUGGGCUGAAUUUGCCCCUGCAACAUCGGCGGAUUCAUCGAGCUUUGUACGAGAAUGUAUAUUCCACUUGGCGAUCACACGGAGCGCGGAGAGAGAAUCUACUGCGUGCGAGUCGCUCGGAUUCGCUUGUCACUCUACUUAUCCAGGGAAAUCUCGCUCUCGGAGAGAUUCAGAUGGUGUCACGAACCGAGCGAUCGAAAAUCCUCGGAGCGAGCACGGAAGCGCGCGCGCGCGUGUGUAUCGUCAAUCUCAAUUUCGGAUAGGCUCUCGCUUGAUCACGAGCACGAAGCGACUAAUUUAUAUACACUGCCACCACCACCACCACCACCACCACCAGCCCCGAUCGACAACUCAGGAAAGACACUUUCAUGAAAGAAACCCGGGCUUAAUCUACUUAUUCGUUCUCUUAUGAAACUGGCUUUCCGCGAACGGACGUCGCGCUCGACGCUCACAGCCCACUCACCGCCCUUUUGUAAUCGGACGAUCGGUGUCUUUCGUUCCAAAGAACGCGCGACGGGGAUGUCCGUCUCGUCGCGCCGCUCUGAGGAUAGGAACUAAUCCGCGAACGAUUCAGCUAGGUAAUUAGUAAGUCUCGCGCGAGCGCCCGCGGGCGCGUCGGUGAGCUUUCGAGAUAAUAAAUUAUUCGGUGAAAAUUUUAAAAAAAGAGGGAAAGAGAGGAGAGAAGAAAGAAGGAGGAGAGAAACGAAAGAGAGAGAGAGAGAGAGAGAGAGAGAGAGAGGGGGGGGCGAGAUUGUUGUGAAUCGUAAAGUGGCGUCGCGUCACGACUCUUAGGAAAGCAAACACGAUCCAGAAGUGCGACGCGUGUCGGCAAUGAGAUAUUAUUAGUCAUCCUGACACUCAUCAACAUCCAUCGUUACUCAUCACACAAACACCGCGAUUAAGGAACAAAGACAAGGGGCCAAUUAACGUCCGUCGAUAACGGCGAUCGUAGAUAAUUCGUUCGGAGAAGUUCGCGCUAGAUGAAAAUUCGGGAUAAUUAGCGAAUCCGGUUACUAACGAAUGCGAAAGGAUGUGCCGCUCGGUGUGUUUCCUGCCAAUGAAACGCGCUCGAAACGCGAUGACCACAAUACGGCGAUGACGAUUCAAUUCUGUCAAUUCGCGCGUUUACCCGCGCGAGUCAGGCGGGUGUCGGAAUCUCCAUCGAUUGUUCCCGAGGCGUGCUGAAAACAUACCCUCCUCCUUCUCCUCCUUCUCCCUCAUGUCGAUCGAACUUGUAAAUAAACGUACGGAUUCUAUUCUACGCACAUUCGUGAAACGGCAAUUCGGAAUGCAACAUACGCGAUUCUCUAGAAAGGAAAACAAGGAGCUGUACACAUUAAGGUUUCAUCCUUCCUCACGAAUCUUGAUAGACGUUACACUAGCGAGUAAGUCUUCCUGAGCGUAUAUCUUGUCUUAAAGCUAUGUCGAUAUUUACGUACGAAAUAAAAGAGUGAGAAAAAAAAGAAGAUAUCACACUUACCGUCGUUAUUCAUCGUCCCUCUCCUGGUCCUCAGAGGAGAAGCUUGCGCGCGAUCAACGAACGCAAGACACCGCGAGACGCGGCGGCGAGUACAGUUGCAGAGCUUUUAAAGUGAGCUUUAUUAUUAUAGUACAAAUGAGAUAAAUUACACAACGGGAAUAUAUCUCGAUGCUAGAAGAAACAUUGAUAAAACGUGUGUUACAAGAUCAGAUCGGGAGAAAUAAACCUGCGGUCUCGCGAAGGCAACGAAAUAACUUCGCGCGUUUCGCGGCUUUCAAGCGG